CACUGGGGCCCAGCCAGGCUGGGAGUGGUCAUUUGGUCAUUUCUGGCCAGGAGAGUUGAGCCAGCGGUGUCUGGGGAGCUGAUCCAGCUCCGGGUAGAGAGCUCAGAGCUGCUCAUCCCUCCUAGACAGAGAUAGUCUGUGGACCACCCCAGAAGUCAGCGAAAACACCAGCCUCGAAAAGGGUCCAGGGACUUGGGAGGAGCCAACAAACACAGAAGCUCCUGACGAGAUGGACCGAGUGACCAGGUACCCCAUCUUUAGCAUUCCCCACUCACGCAGAGUCAGUGGCCUGCCCAGCGACCUGGAAAACAACAACACCGUUAACAUCGUUAAAGUGGAGUCAGCAUCCCCAGGCUGGGAUACAGAUAUUGAUAGGGUGAAUUCUGAUGGCCAAAGCUUCAGGUUUAGACCAGAGGAGACUCCAGGCCUGAGGAUGGUGACCGUCACUCAGGAAAUAGUCUCCCUGCCUCACGUGGUCCAAGAGACGAAGCAUGUCCUGACUAAAAACUCCAGGACCGAACAAUGGACCCCUCCCCAGGAGCGAGAGUCCCAUUUGGAGGUGUUGAGGACUGGACCUACCUACAGCCUCCGAGCUUACCCAGAGGAGCACCAGCCUGGGAAGUUGUACUCUGAAGAAGAAGAGGAGGAGGAGGAGCAACUGUACCGCCUGGGGCCUGGUGAAACCGUCGUCCUCAAGAGGAAGAAGGAUUUAGAACGGGAGCGAGAGGCCAUCAUCCGGGGCCAGGCAGUGAGGAGGAACACCACAGUGGCCACUCGCUGGAGCUCCCAAGAGGAGCUGGAUAAGAUCUACUCUGGCCAGGGCCAGAGCUCAGCCUCUGACCCUGAGAAUGUCAUAGACACUGACCAGAUUAACUUCCUCGCUGCCCGGCAGCAGUUCAUGAACUUGGAGAAGUUGACCUUGAACGACCAACCUCCUCCGAAAUCCUUGGGAAGGGCUGUGAGGGCAUCACCUGAAGCAGGCAGGGCUAGUGUUGGCCAAAGCACCAGCGACUCCGGGUCCGGUAAAGCCGGACUGACCAACGGUUAUACUGUCUCCUUCAAGGCCCAGGGGAAGGACAGUGCUGCAGGAGCUAGGUCUGGUCUGGGUCAUUUGGGCCCAGCCUCCCUUAGCCGCUCCAUGGUCCAAUUAUCCUCACCAUCUGUUGAGGAUGCUUCAGCCCUGGGCUCUGGGGAGGCGCUACCAGAAUUGGUCCCCCCUCUGGAGGAGCCAAAGGAGACACCCAUCGAGAGGGAGAUCCGGAUGUCUCAGGAGCGAGAGGCCGAUCUUCGGCAGCAGCGGGGGCUGCAGCGAUCAGGCAGCCGGGAUGAGCUGGUGGAGAUCCCAGCCAGGCCAGUGUUGUCCAAGGUAGACCUGAUCUUGACUCCCACCCCCAAGAAAGGGAAAGAUAAGGGGCGGCCGCCAUCCUUAUACAUUCAGAGAGAAAUUGCCCUGGACACAAAGCGUGAAGAGGACCACCGCCGGCAAGCUGCGCUCCCCAAGCCCAUCGAUGCUACGAAUAGAGACUCUGUGCCAAGCCAUGUGGCCAAAGGCUCAGAGCCCCCAAAAGGAGCCCCCACGAUGAGGCGGGCACAGAGCUCUGACUCGAUCCUGAGUCUGACUUCUGACACUCACCCGGUGGAGGCCACCCUAGAAGGAAGGAAGAUUAGCCGUAUUCCCCUGGAUGCCUACCUACCUUACCUGAACCCGAAUAGCACCAAGAUGGAAUUCUCAUCCAAUUCUUCCAUCAGAGUAGAUUCUUCCCUGGAUUAUGGGCGCCACACCAAGGGCUCCAGACAGGAGAAAAGUGUAGACAUAUUUCCAUCCUCCCCACAAAGGGCAGUCUUGGGGGAACAGAUCAGGGAGCAGCCCAGGAAGUCACAAGCCACUACCAUUCAAAGGCAGGAGCUACAGAGGCCCUCGUUCCAAGAGUCCGCCCCAAAGGCCUGGGAAACGCAGGGACGUGGGGCCCUGGGCACCAGGUGGGAGGAAAAUGUGGCUAGCCCUCCCCCCUCGUUGCAAAAGGUAACCUGGGGUGGAGAGCAGAUCAGAGAGCAGCCCUGGAAGUCCCAAGUUUCUCCCAUUAAAAGGCAGGAGCCUUGGGGGUCCCCAUCCCAAAAGUCCUGGGAUGCUCAAGAGUGGGCUGCUGGGGAUGCUAGCCAGGGUGUGAUAUGUCGGGACUACUUCUAUCUACGGCCUCUAAAGAUCAAGUUCACCUUCUCACCUGAACCCAACAAGGCUAGAGUUCCCCAGCAGGAGCACGUCUGGGAGCCCAGGGGCCAUGUUGAACAGGUGGCCACUCCCUAUAAGCCUUCAAGGUCUCAGUCCUCUAGCCUGCUGGAGAUGGAAAUCCAGAAUGUCCUGCAACGGGAAAGGGAACUGGAGGAAGAGCGGAGGAACGCCUUGUUCCCAGAAGUGUUCUCCCCUUCUGCCGAGGAGGACCAGCCAUUUGAAUGGGGAAGUCCAGACUCCAGGCGUUCAUCCAUGGCUUCAGGGAUCACAGGGAGCUACUCUGUGUCUGAAACACCCACCUUCUUCCCUGUCCACUUUCACUCGGGCUUGAAAUGGAAGGUGACAGAUCCGACAGCCAGACAAGAAGAUGUGCCCUGGAAGACAAAAAAAGAAGUAGGGUAUGCAGGUCUUGACACAUCUGAUACUGUCAACACAGAGAUUGUAGAAGCCACGAGGGUGCCUCGGCAUAAGAACGCCAUGGCUGCUCGCUGGGAAGCUGGAAUGUACACCAGUGAGGAUGAAGACUGAACCCCCAAAUCCAGGCCAGACACAAACCUGGCCAGACUUCCCCAAGGAUCAGCCGGUGUAGGGCUUGGGGGGAAAUGGAGUCAGGAUCUUCUCUCCCAGCCUGACUCUCCCGCGGCUCUCCCAAGACAGUGUCCCAUCAUCAGGAAGUGGCUAAUUGAGGGAGAAGAAAGCAUGCGAGGUCUUCCUCCUUGGGAACUUGUUUUUAUAUAAUCAAAGAAGUUAAAAUCAGGUGCCAAUAAUAUGGAAGGAUGUUUUUCAUGACUGCACAUAUAUAAUCCACAACAAAUUGUUUGCCUUCUCAAAGAGAGGGGAGGGAUGGGAGAGAGGGAAUUUGGAACUCAAAAUUUUUAAAAAUGAAUGUUAAAUGACUGUAGAUGUAUAAUUGUUAUCAAAGUACUUGCCUUCUCAAGGAAGCGGAGAAGGAGAGAGGGAGGGAAUCUGGAACUCCAAAAUUACAAAAAAGUAAUGUUAAAAUUGUUUUUAUAUGUCAAUUAGAAAAAAUAAAAUAUUGAAAAAUUCAAA